AUGAGCGAUACAAAAGUGAAUGUGAGUAAACGUAAAAAUAAAACUAAAAAAAGUGCUAAAGAAGAAGAAGUAACAUGUUGGAAUUGUUUUACGGUUGAAGAUAAUGAUAGACAUCUGGAACCUGUUCCUCUACCAAAAGUGCGAGAGGAACACAGGGAAAAAUUAAAAGUAUAUUCUUUUUUGGCUUCUGAAUUAUCAAAACCUAGAGCUGUUCCUCUUAAACAAAAAGUAAGUGAACAUUACGCAAUUGGAAAGAAGAUCGAUGAAAAAAUUUCGUGCCAAGUGAGUGCUGAAUGUUUAUCGGGUAAUAACUUUGGUACGCCGUCGAAUGAUAAAAAUGAUAUUAAAAAUGAAAGUCAAACCAAAAAAUAUCUAAGCAAUGAAGACAUAGAUAUUAAGGAAAAAAAUCAAUUACUUUUAAGUACUGAUGAAAAAAAUAUAUCUCAAAUACAACAAUGUGAAAAUAAAGUGAAAUCGUUGCAUAAAGAAAAUGUAUAUAAAAAUUCAACACUACAAUCUAGUGAACAUAGUGACAUAGAAUCAUCCUUUAAUAACAAACCCGAGAUUUUAAAUUUAAAUAAAAAUGUUUCUGAAAAUAUAAGUAUUCAUAAUAUAUACGAGGACUGCGGCACAAACAAAGUGUCUAAAAAAGUAUCCUCAGAAUUUAUGUCAUUGGAUAUACCUCCAAAUGAAGGCAGUGCUAAUGACAACCCAACUAAAUUAAAUAUUAAGAAGUCAACUGAACCCGAAAGCAAAGCGUUAUCAAAGACGCCGUCUAUACGGGAACAAAAAUCACCAAAAGAAAUACGAGAAAACGAAGUGGAAUCAUUGCAUGAAGAAAACUUAUUUAAAAACUCACCAAUACGAGUUAGUGAAGAUGAUGACAUAAAAACAUCAUCGUAUAAAAAUUCUAAGUUUUUGGAUAUAGAUAAAAAAGUAUUUGACGAAAUAAGUAUUCAUGUUAAAUCCAAGGACUGCGGAACAAACAAAGCAUCAAAACCAUCAUCAUUAGAAUUCAUGUCAUUGGAUACACCUCCAAAUGAAGAUAACAUUGAUCAAAACACAAGUAAAACAUUGCCGGAACUUAAUACGUACAAAUCAGAUGAACUAGAAAAUAAAACGUUAUUAAAUACAUCGUUAUUACGCGAACAUAAAUCUUCUGAAAAUAAUUAUUCUUCAAAUAUAAACGAAAUAAAAUCAUUGGAUAUGACGAAAGAUAAGAUUUAUGAAAGCGUGUUAGAGAAGAUGUCUAAGUUAAGUAUUUCAAAUUCAAUUGGUUCUGAAGAAAACACAUCACCUAUUAAAAGGGACCUAAUAAUACAUCAACAAAAUUCACCUUCAACAGAAAUUGCGGGCAAAACUAAAUCUUCAACCAUUGAUUAUACGCAUAGAGAUGAAAGAAAUAAAAUGAAACAAAGUAAACCAUUACAAAACAAUUAUAAACGAAAUGAAAUAAAAACAAUGUUUGGAAAUGUUAUUGACAUGACAAAUAAAGAAAAAAAUCCCACAAGGGCAUCGUCAACGCCUAUGCUGUCUCAAAAAACAAUUAAAAAGUUGUCUAGUAAUUCCUUAAGUAGUGAUAGUCCAAUAAUCCGUGACGAUAAUCAAGACGCAUGUCCAUCUAAAUUAGAAUCUCCAAUGACAGUAAAGCUUUUUAAAACUAGAGAAAUAACGAAACUUAGUCCACCGUUAGUUACGAAAGCAAUUGAACGUAAAUCAAUUGAAAAAUUAACUAGUCAAAAAUUAAGUUCCUACAGAGAUGUUGAAAAGGAUAAAAAUAAGGCAGAACGUACGUCCGAUAAAAUUGUUGUACAAAAAAAUAAAUCCACAAAUAUUUUGCCAAUUCCUAACAAGGAAGAUAAUAAAUUAACGUCUAUUCAAGCAAAUAAGUCAAUUUUAUUUCCUUCAUCUGAAAAAAAAUCUAUUGCAUUAAACACCUCUUUAAGACCCGAAUCUGUGAAUACUAAAAUACCUGUUUUGCAGAAAUCUGUAAGUAGUAAAUAUUCACCCGUUCAAAUAUUAAGGAAUAAAGCCAAACAUUAUUUAACAAGAAAUUCUAGUAACGUUAGCGACAAAUUGUCGCCUACAUUAUCGAUAAAAAAUUAUGUAAAUCAAGAAAAUAAACAAUCUUCGAGCGCCUUUAAAUCUCCAAUAAAAAAUGAACUAGAAUAUUCAGAAUGCAAAAAUAUUGAAAAUGAGAAUAUUUUAUUUAAAGUUCCGAUAAACACAUCUACUCCUAAGGGAAAAAGUUCUGAAAUAUCGGAUACUCUUUCAGAGAGUGAAAGUAAUCAAACGUCAUUAGAAAUAAAGGAUGCCAUUGCCAGUAGCUACAAAAACGACAACGCCAGCUCUAACGGUUCCGAAUCAGGAUAUGCGGGCUCAUCCGCAAAUGUACAAGAUCUUCCUGGUGAUGAAAACACUAGUAAAAUCCUCGAUGACGACCCAAAAGAUACUACAGAUAAAAAUGAUAACAAUACCUCAUUACCUUAUCCUUCAGAACAUUUUAAAUCUUCUAUAACUUCACUUAAUAUUAUAAAUAAUAAAAAACCGUUACAAACUUCUACAAUGUCUUUGUACACUACUUCAAAGAAAUCACCAAUGAAAUUUUUGCGGUGGAGCACUUCGUCACCAAAAUCAAUCAGCUUUAAAGGUUUAUUAAUAUAUUCUAUUAAUUUUAUAAUUUUAAUUAGUAGC